CCAACACUAUCGCCGCUGUCUUCAUCUGUGGCUCGCUGUGUAUGUGCGUGUGCAUGCAUACGUACUUUGUGCUGCUGCUGCUGUACCGUGGAUCAAACGAAUAUUCCGUCGAAAAUUUCUACGUGCGUGCGAAUCACGGAAAUCGUCGUUGUACCCGCCGUUUCAUCCGUCGAGUACAUCGUUCGUUGUUUUGAACGUGCUGGUAUGAGUGUGCUUGCUUCGGAAUCGAUUUUAGUUUAGUGAGCAUAAUAAACAAUAACACCGAGCAGCAGCAGCCUUCACACUAGCGCAGCAUAGAGCAGUAGGCGGCUUGUUUGGUUGUCACAAACCAACCAGCACAAGAAACCGACCGAUCAUCGCUGCACGGCCUGCGUGUGCGCCCUCCUCAUCUGGGCGUGUAUGUGUGUGGGCUGUAGUGUAUUGGUGUUCCCAAACCAACCUGUCAAACUCGUGCAUCGCACCUCUUCUGCACGCACGUCGAAGUUUAAGUGAAAAUUUGUGUGUUUUUAAAGUUAAUUUUUCGGUUUCGAUUCGAUUUGGUGUUUCUUCACUUUAGGAAAGUGUCCCGUGACAUAUAAUCAGUGCAAUCGUGGGGGUGAAACAUCCGGAAGUGAUAGUGUACUGUACGUAGCCAAAAACCCGGAAGGAUAAACAAGCUUGGAAGAGAUUCACCCAUUUACAACCCAGUACACCGUGUGGCCGGAAAUUGGUCGUCUCAGCUAGGAAAAGAAUAAUCAGUUUCCCGCACCAGCCGUCAGCGUCUCCCAGCACCCCCCAUCCGCUUGUGUUCAGUUUCGGUUGUUUGUGUGUGUGUGUUUUUUGCAAAACGUGUGCCCCCACCACCUCUCCUGCCGGGUGCGGGGUGUGGUGAGAGGAGGCACUGCACCAUCCUAAUCCGGCCACCGGUCGUCCGGCGGCACGAUGGCGUGCCUGAAUACGCUGAAGCUAGAAAUCAAAACGCUCGAGCAAGUCUUCCCGAAGAACCAUGAACGGUUCCAGAUCCUUAGCGCCACCGUGGACGAACUGUGCUGCCGUUUUAUCGGGCGCAACGGCAAGCAAUACGUAAUCCAUGCCAACAUUACGGAAACGUAUCCAUCCACGCCGCCAGUAUGGUUCGCCGAGAGCGAGGACACAAGUAUUAGCAACGCUGUACAAAUACUUACGAAUACGAAUGGUUUAGAUAAUCACGUUGUAAAUCAGGUACACAUACUGCUGCGCGAACUCUGCCGGCAGCACACGGUUCCACUACCUCCCGAUCUGGAAACGCUAAAGAAAGCCUUCCAGCCGAACGGUGGAGCGGCCGGGGCUCACCUCCAUGCAGCCGCCCAUCUCCAGCACGGUAUGCCACCUCAGCAGCUUCUUCCGGCGCACCAGCAGCAACAGCAACACCAGCAGCAGCUGCAGCUGCAACAGCAGCAACAGGCGAUCGACGAGAUCGACUCCGACUGUGAUGAUAUCGAGGAUGUGGUCGGCGAAAGCGACCAGGAGAGCGAAGGCGAAGAGGAUUUGCCCCUCGAGAUGGACGAUGGCCGUAGCACGGCGAAGAAGGACGAGAUGGAGGUAGAACACUUAGCAACACUGGAAAGAUUAAGACAAACGCAGCGGCAGGAUUAUUUGAAGGGUUCCGUGUCCGGUUCGGUGCAGGCGACGGAUCGACUGAUGAAGGAGCUGCGCGACAUCUACCGGUCCGAUUCGUUCAAAAACAACAUGUACUCGAUAGAGCUGGUGAACGAUUCCAUCUACGAGUGGAACAUCCGUCUAAUGUCGGUCGAUCCGGACAGCCCGCUACACAACGAUCUGGUACUGCUGAAGGAGCGCGAGGGCAAGGACAGCAUACUGCUGAACAUUAUGUUCAAGGAGACGUACCCGUUCGAGCCACCGUUCGUGCGCGUCGUGCACCCGAUCAUAUCCGGCGGCUACGUUCUGGUAGGUGGUGCCAUCUGCAUGGAGCUGCUCACGAAACAGGGCUGGAGUUCGGCUUACACCGUGGAAGCGGUUAUCAUGCAAAUAGCGGCCACACUAGUCAAGGGCAAGGCGCGAAUACAGUUCGGCCCGACGAAGGGCCAGUACAGCUUAGCUAGAGCGCAGCAAAGUUUCAAAUCGCUCGUGCAAAUCCACGAAAAGAAUGGGUGGUUUACACCGCCCAAGGAGGACGGUUAAGAGUGGAGCUACUGCAAUUGAUGAUGAGGAGCAGAGUGAUGACGGUCGGCGCUCGCUCGCUGCUGAUGCUGUUGCUGCUGCUGCUACACACAACACCCACCCCACCCGGACAAAGAAUUCACUUCCAAUUCGGAUGAAGCAAUACAAUGCGGUGGAACCAGUAGAGGCGCCAAUCGACAACAAUCAGCCAAGCCAGUUGCGCCGAUAGAUGGGAAUCGAACCAGUUGUGUAGAGCAGACAGUGUGAAACAAUCCGGCAGCUGCGGCGACUGGCGGCGGCAUCGGCAUCCUCUGCUCUUUCCCGCUUCUUUCACGUACGUUCUCGUAAGCUUUUUUUAGGUUUCUAGACUCUAAGUGUACAUGCAGAAUAAUACGAAUGAAUACGGCGAACGUGGCCGGAACGCUCAGUUCCGACAGUGUGCGAUAAGAAUGCGUCUAUAAAGAAAAAAGGUACGUUGCGUGUGUGUGUGUGUGUGUGGGGGCGCGAUAUUGUGUGCGUCCGUGUGUGUGAAUGUGGAAAAAAAGCUCUCGAAAGUGGUGGUUGCGAAAGGAUAUUUAGUUUAGCGAGAGAACUCACCCUAAUAAUGAAUCAGCUACAAAUAAGAUUAGGCAAUAACACGGAUGAGCGAGCAUGUACCCCGCGUUGGAUGAAAAUCGUGGAAAAAGGGUGUUUUUUUUAUAUAUUUCCGUACACUAUACACAAACAGCGACUCGGUUAUAAAGCACACCAAAACCCGGUUAAAGUAGCUCAGCAAACGGACAAGUAGGCAAUGAUCACCGUAUAUCACUCUCAACUCUAAGUUUUCGUUUGCUUUAAGGUAAAAUGGGCAGCAUGAUGUGGAUUUCCCGAACGAACGGUCAGACGCCACCGGACAGGUGCCACAGGGCAAUUAUGAUCCCUUUGUUCACUCCCAUCGUUCCUAUCAACCAGUCACAAACGAAACUGAUCAAACAUCCGUUUCUUCUCAAUUACGCUGCUACAUUCGGUUUCGGUGGACAGCAGAUCACGCCAGCAGUAGUACCUGGUUCACCGUCGCCUGCCUUGGGUUCCACGGUUACCGGAGAAUCCAGUUGGGCACUGUACUCCUUGCGGACCAGGUGAUCCCAUUUGACGACGGACCACCCGGUUGACCUUGUGGUGCAGGAUAUAACCCGUAGAACCAGGAAUGCCCUCAGAUUCUCAUCUCCUAAGAGACCUCAUUUUUGUCUAGAAAUCAUGAAAAAUGGUUGACAGAGUCCAUUUUUUGUGACCGGUUAUCGGAGGAAGAUGAGCAGCCGCCACCCGGCUAUGAAAGUCAAGGUAACCCGAUGACUUCCGGUUGAGGUGGUCCUGCAGGCAUUCAGACAAUUCGUUCCAUGUGAAGCACCUGAUGCUGGUUGUGAAUCUGAAUCUCAUCCAACACAUUCGCAAUUACCUUUGGCUGGGUGCAUGAUUAUAUCAUCCUAAUAUUGUUUACUUCAAAUGUAAUCAUUAAAACCUCAACAUAUGCACAGAUUCGCACAGAUACGAAUCCGUCAACGUGA